GUCAUCUUUCUUGGCAAGAGCUCUCAAACUGACACUAUCACUUAAUACAUAAAUAAGGCUUUAGUAGUAUGCCAGUUUGUUGUUCAUGACUUAUGACUUGAUGGUGCACUGUCCAUCUAGUUAGGCUGAUCAUUUCUCACCUGUUUUAUGGUGUGACAUCACACUUUAUGUAUGUUUCUACAUAUGUACCAAGAUGUUGAAAUAAACCUAAAAUCAAUUUGGCAAGCUUAGCAUAAUUUAGUGAGGGCACAACUAGUGAUGUACAGUACAGUAAAGUAUCAAGGAACCAAUAAACUAUCAUUAGUAGCAUGCAAGUUAAAACAUUUCUCCAAGAAGAUGAUUUAAUAUUAUGUCAAGGAAAAACAAAUUCAGAUUGUCCAGUCUUAAACCGACUUUGUGACAAAGGCUUGCUUCUAUGUGUUGACAGCUAGUCAUAUACUGUUAUAAAUUAUGCGUCUUCUAACACCUUCAACUAAAAAUAACGAAGCAACACUUUCCUUGACAGGAUGGUGGGUUUUUUCAGUGUGGUUUGUCUGAAACAAAACAUACACUGACAGUUUCCUGUGUCUUCAUUCGGCACCAAGCAGCACCCACUAAACUACCCAGAGCUAACAAAGAUUUUCCAACCCCUGUGAUGACAUCAGCUCAUAUAUGAAGGUGAAUGGGGGGAAAACAGACAAUGUGUUUGAUUAGUGUUCACGUGAAGUAGCCUACUGUAGUAGUUUGACUUUUUUUGAAGAGUUCUUCACAAACUAUGUUGCAUUAUUAGCAAGGGAAAGCAGAAAUAUACUUUCCCACUGGUUCUGUCACCUACAAGCUCCUUUUGAUAACCAAACCAGACCUGAAACAAUGAAUACAUCUGUUGGAGAUGUAACUGACAACUGUAGUACCCCCAGAGACUACCAGUUCUACUUCUUCCCAGCCGUCUACAGUCUGGUGAUGGCACUGGGCCUGCCAGGCAACGUGGGAGCCCUCUAUGUGUUCAUCUUCAAGAUAACUCCCCGCACCUCCUCUAACGUGUUUGUCAUUAACCUGGCCCUCGCUGACACCACCUUCCUUUGCACCCUGCCCUUCAAGAUCCACUACCACCGCAACAGCAAUGACUGGGUAUUCGGAGAUGUGGCCUGCAGCAUCACAGGAACACUGUUCUUCGCCAACAUCUACAUCAGCAUCGCCUUCAUGACCUGUAUCUGUGUGGAUCGAUAUGUGGCCGUCGCCUAUCCUCACACUUAUCUGAGGCUCCGGAACUCACGUUGCACUGUACUGGUGAGUGCAGCAGUGUGGGUGGUGGCGGGGGCAGCUGUUCUGGCCUUCAUCCUAGUGGGACCUCUGGACAGCCAGCACCGUAGCUGCUUUGAAAACUUCUCCCAGAAAGAGUGGGACAGGCGUCUGGUGCCAUACAGCAUAUUCAGUCUCGUCGUCGGCUCGCUACUGCCCUCUGUGGUCAUCCUGGUGUGUUACCCUCUGGUGGCGCGGCGCAUCGCUCUCAUCCGGACCAACACAGCCCGCGGAGCCCUGAGGGUCAUCUACACAAUCCUUGUUAUCACCCUACUCUGCUUUCUGCCCUACCACGUGGUUCACUUCCUGCAUCUGCUCCGCCGUCUAGGGGUCAUCCAGCACUGUCCCUAUGCAAACGCCAUCUACAAUGCCCGGCGGGUGACAAUGGCCCUCGUCAGCCUCAACAGCUGUUUGGACCCCCUGCUCUACUACUUCACCACCAGUCACUGUAAGUGGAGUCCCUCCAAGGCCAGAUUCAGAUGGCUGUGGGAUAGGAGGACCAUGGGAGUCUACACCAUCGCUGUGAGACCGUGAUGCUUUUGCUUUAGCUUGCUCUGACUACUAAUGAAAUGACAUGCAUUUUAUGUUCCGCUCAUAAACUCUGAAGGCUCGUGGUGAAGCAUUGUUUUCCUUACCGUGUACUGUAAACCACCAAAUAUUUUGUAUACCUUUACAUGUACGCCAUGUAAAUAUAGCAUUUACAUCUUCCCUUAUGUUCAUCACUUUAAAAGACCCAGUGCACUUAAAAAACGUGAUUUUCCUGUCAUAUACAGUACCAAUCAAAAGCUUGG